AUGUACGGUGGAGAUCUUCCUUGGAAAUCAGAGGAAAGAUUGAAACUUUUUGGCUCAAAGAUGAGAUUAGAGAAUUUGGGUUUCAGAAAUCAGAUGAAAGAUUAA